AUGCCAAGGUCGUCCAGGGAUACGGACGGCCGACCGCAUUUCUGUGUGUGUUGGAGGUCUCCUCCUCCACGCAAACUUCUGACGCCUCCUGUCCAUUCACGGUUCACACCCAUCAAUGGAUAGAUGCUCGUGUCUCUUUGCUACUCACUUUUUUUGCCAUCUCUUUUCUUCAGAUGUUAACCUUUCCUUCGUUUCCUGUCAAGAGAUUCUCCGCGAACUGAACCUUGUACCUCUGAUGACGCCGCAUUUUUUUUUUGAGAGAAACCUUUCUCCGUUGCAGUUUUGUCGUUGACAAAAAGGCUUCUGGAAAAGUUUCGAUUCUUCAAAAAAACUUUUGAUGCUUUGAGAAGGGCUUUCGAAACAGCUUUUAGAGCUUCAAUUUUGUUUUCGGUUAAGAAGGCGCCUAUUUCAUCAAGAAUUUCCACCAUCACACAAAGAUUCAUAAAAAGACUCAACGUUUUCAUUAUGAAACUAUUCAUGACUUCCAGUCAAAACUUGACAAAACGACUCUAUUGAACACUAUCUUUCACAAUUUUGAGUAGCGUUUUGGCCGAACAUCGCAAAAAAAAGUUGGAUACAGAACGGCGAUUUGGCAUGCGACAUGUAAUCUCUUUUGCUCUAUUUUUGGUCUUUAUGAGUCCUGACCCUUAAUCGCCAUCGAAUCGAUAAACACUGUCCAUGACCUGAGCCGAAAAAAUCUUGCUCCUGAACCGCUUUCACAUCGAAUAUACGAUCAUUGCUCAAAAUAAUAAACGUUUGAAGCAGAUUCUAUUUGUUGGUCUUUGUUUCAAAAUACGACCUAAUAAUACUAAAAUGGGACGACAACCCGAAAAUCGCGUGAUUUGUACUCAUAGAAUUUCGAGAAGUGAACUGAGGUUGUGAUAGCCAUCUGUGCCGAUUGUCGUGUGUACUUGCGGAAUCCUUCCUUUCUACGGGCCCCUUAUCGGGUUCCAUCAUCUCAACCCAAAAAAGUCUGAUUUUCCAUACCUACCUAUUGUGUGUGUCGUCUUCUUUCGUUUAUUUUUUUUCUUCAUGAUUUUUCAAAUUGAACUUUUAUUUCAGGCACAUCAGAAAAACAGUUUGGCAACAAUGGAGAAGGAAAGCGCACAUUCGUCGGAUAUGAGUGCCGGAUGGGAGCGGGUCUCCGACAAUUCACAGGUACUUUUCUCGCCUUUUGUAAUGUUUUGGUUGGGCCGCCUACGCGGCUCUCUCGUGUCUUCGGCCAUUACGAUCCUCUGCUUCGACCACGGACGGCUCUCGACUUUCGUUCUGCUUUGGAACCUUUCCUUCACUUGUUUGUCUUGAAUCUGAGCAGGUUUCCGGCCUUGCGCAGUUCUUGACCCUCGAUUUGCGACAUCCGAAUUUCCUUCUUGAGCGUUCCAAUAGAACUUUCUGAUUCAGAUUUAUAAGUUUGAUUUUUCAUCAGUUGUUCCGAAAUUUCUGACGCCUUAGAUUUUAGAUAAGUCGGUGUUGGUCUGCGUAAAUAGCAAUUAAUUAAGAAAUUUUUACAUUUUCUUUUCUAUCGGCAUUCAAAUCAGUGCUACUUCAACCCGAAAAAUGGAAAAAACUUCUUUAAAAAUCAAUUUGGAAAAACAUUUUCUGGGGUUGAAGUUUGUAGGGUCUUGUUUUCAUAAGAAAUGAACGAUCGCAUCCCGAUAAGGUCGUAACUUUUCCUCCGAUUGAUGUUCAUUGCGCCUCGACUUCAAGUGCAUGACAUGCCUAUUAAAAGAGAGAGAGAGGUGAGGUGAAGCGCAAGCGAGGUUCGUGGAAGCCUGGAGGUCCGUCCGCCCAAGCCCUAUCACGUCUUUCCAUCGCGACCUUUGCCGGUCAAUGACUUAGCACAACCGCCGCCGCCUCCUUCUGUACCUUAUCCAUCGUAUCGUCGCCCAGCCGUCACCGUUAACUAGAAUCUUUCGCGCAUCUCGAAGACGUGGCGCUGUCGGAGGGCGCGUCCUUCUAAAAAGAAUCUUCCAUGGAAAUUAUUCCGACUCUUUUGUCUGCACUUCAUAUGUCCUUCGAACACUUUUGCAUUUAGGUCUCUCUAAGUGCAAUUUACAGAUUUCAUUCAAAUUGAUUAGAUCCCGCGUUAAAUUACCACAAUGCGUAUUGUGAUGUAACUCAUCUUCGGAAAAAAAAAACAAAUAAAGGGUUUUUCCGACAAUUCUGAUAAUUAGUGGCCGCCUACAUCAUCAGUUGAUAACAAUGGUUAUUUAUGAAAUGAACUAGUUAAAUUUGACCCGGUUUCUCAGUCUCGCCUCUUCGUUCCUUUUGUCUGUCAGCCCCACGAUAACCUUGUUCUGCAUUCUUCUAUUUUGAAUAUCUGUUAACAACUUCACUCUAUCAAAAACGUUUUUAAUUUCUAAAAUGGACCAAUUUACAGUCGGGUGAGAGCAUGAGCUCCAAUGAGCAGCCAUGGUGGAAGAAUCAAGAUGAAAUUGUCAUUUCGGGAGUAUCGGGCCGAUUCCCCAGGUUUGCAAUUAAAAUGUUUCUGAAUUUCGCAAUUUUGUUCAGAUGCGAUAAUGUCAAAGAAUUCGGAGACAUGCUGCUUGCCGGAGAAGACCUGGUCACCGAAGACGACCUCCGAUGGCCUCCAGGUUGAUAUGAAAAAAGGAUCCCAUAAAAAAGUUCAUUUUCAGGCUUCUACGACCUCCCCAAGAGACAUGGAAAGCUCAAGGAACUGAAAAAGUUCGACGCACAAUUUUUUUCUGUUACGCCUAAACAAGCGAACUAUAUGGACCCCCAAGUUCGCAUUUUAUUGGAAGCUUCAUGGGAAGCAAUGAUUGAUGCUGGUCAGUGUGAUUAGUUGAUAUAAAAAAAAUUAAAAAUACGUUCAAAAAUGACAUCGAUGAAGCUUUCAAAAAAAGCUUUUGGGUGAGAACUAGAGAAACAAGUCUUUUUCUAGUCGUCCAAGACGAAUAUAUUCACUUGACAAAAAAAAAAAUUAAAAUCGAACAGUUGGUUUUAAAAAAAAAGUGAUCGAGGGUUUGAGGAUGUGGAGCGAGGUGGCGGGACACAGAUAGGAACGACGUGUCCCGUUGUACCACGUAACCUUGAACGCGUAGCAAAAGCGAAUCGGCGUCCUACAUUUGGUGCCUCGCCUCAACUCUCAACCUCUUUGCAAGCUGAUAGAGAAAAACGCUCAAAAGUAGCCUGAAAUCAAACGGUGUCACCCUGAGGAUGAUUCGAUUAGCGCGAUGGGCGCGCAGAGAUAACUGUAAUUUCUGUCUGGCGAUGUUGGAAAAAAAAAGAGAUAGACGAUAGGAGGGCUAUUUUUGAUUACCUGCGAGCGCACUUUCCAGAAAGUUUUAUUGAGAAAAUAAUGCGACAAUUUUUGGUAAAUAACACCAAUAAAACAAUUAAAUGCUUUUAGAAAACAAUAAUCACUUAGUAGCGCCAAAAUGUAAAAGUUCUGGAUAAAAUGAAAAAAAAAAUACUUUUCAUAAAGGUUUAUCCUAAGAAAAGCAGUUUAAUAUACAAUUAUUUCACAUUUUCUUUAAGAGAAACUGAAAAAAAUUUUACUUGACUCCAGCGAACGAUGGUUUUUCUUUGAAAUCGAGACAUUGUUUUCCAGAGAUAAGUAAAAAAAAAGAACUGAUUUUCGGAUAACUACUUGAGUAAUCAAAACCAAACAAAAAUUUGAACCGUGAGAGUUCAAAUCAAACCGUUUGUCUCAGCACUUGGAAAGAAUCAAAAUUUUUUCCUUGCAGGAAUCAAUCCGGUUGAUCUCCGAGGCUCACGCACGGGUGUUUUCGUGGGCUGCUCGGCUUCGGAAACUUCUGGAGCAUUGACGCAAGAUCCUGAGACUGUGACGGGCUACACACUCACAGGAUGCGUUCGCUCCAUGUUCUCCAACCGCAUCUCCUACACUUUCGACCUGCAAGGACCGUCUUUUUCUGUAGAUACGGCGUGUUCCAGUUCAUUACUUGCACUUCAACUUGCUAUUGAUGCAAUCAGACAAGUGAUAUUUUUUUCUGAGAACAUAGUUUCAAUGUUUUGUUUUGCAGAAGCAAUGCGACGCCGCCAUCGUUGCUGGAGCUCACUUGACUCUGACUCCCACUGCAGCGCUCCAGUUCUUGCGACUGGGCAUGCUGACGGACAAGGGUAGCUGCCGUUCCUUCGACGACUCCGGCGACGGCUACUGCCGCACUGAAGGCGUUGCUGCUAUUUUCAUUCAACGUCGCUCCAAGGCGCAGCGUAUCUACGCCAGUGUUCUUCACGCCAAGUCCAACACGGACGGUUCGUCAUCUAAUAAUAUGAAAACAGAUGAUUUCUAGAAAUAACUAUCAUGUGAAAAAAAUAAGUUGAAGUUUCAGCAGAAUAGCUAAUAAAUUGAAAGACUUAGAGAUAAAAAAAGGUAAAAACUACUCCUGAGAACUUGUGACUCACAAACCAAAAAGGAAGCCUUUUUUUAUUGAAAAAAACUAAUUGAACUCAACUUUCAAAAAUAGAUGUAAACAUUUUCUGCCGAGCAGAAGCGAAAAAGAUUUCAAAUUUUUCUUUUUGAAACAAAAAAAGAAAAAUAAAAAGAAGUGUUUUUUUCAUUAGGAACCAACAUUUUUUUGUUCAGAUGUUUUUUUCAAUUUUUUUGAAAAAAACUCAAAUCCCGAAAAACAAAGUAAAAAGCCUAAAACAACAUUUUUUUGAUAAAUGUUGACAACAGUAAGUCAAAUAAGCUCACUAAAAUCCCUCUAUCUGACUUCGUUCACAAGUAACUCUCUUUGAGCUGCAAUCGGAGAUCGUAGACUCUAUGUAAAUUCAAUCAGAGACUGUUUUUCAGAAAAUUGAAAACUCAGAAAUAGGAGAUAUAAUUUCCAGGCUACAAGGAGCAAGGAAUCACUUUCCCAUCUGGAGAACGACAAGCACAACUCUUGGAAGAGGUCUACACGGAGGCUGGUGUUGACCCUAACUCGGUGUACUACGUCGAAACUCAUGGAACUGGAACCAAAGUCGGCGAUCCACAGGAAGCCAAUGCCAUUUGCCAAGUGUUCUGCUCGAACCGACAGUCUGGGCCACUGCUUAUCGGUUCUGUCAAGUCGAACAUGGGUCAUGCGGAGCCGGCCUCCGGCGUGUGCUCCUUGGCGAAGGUUGAAAAGAACUCACAGAAGAAAAAAAAACUUGAAACUUUCAGAUUUGUCUUUCCAUUGAACGUCAAAUGAUUCCCCCGAAUCUUCACUACAACACUCCGAAUCAAUACAUUCCUGGGCUAGUCGACGGAAGACUGAAGGUUAGAAAUAAGACAGAAAUCAUAACCAACUUGACUCUCAGGUUGUCACUGAGCCAACUCCUCUGCCAGGAGGUCUCAUUGGAGUAAACUCCUUCGGUUUUGGAGGUUCCAACACCCACGUGAUCCUCAAGGCAGCAGAUCACGUCUCCGAGCCGAUUACGCCACCUUCUUUCACGAAAAUAAUAACGUCAGUAAUAAAAUUUUCUUUCUAGUUAAUAAAAAAAACUUCAGGUACUGCGGUCGCACUCAGGAAGCCGUUGACUACGUCUUCGAGAACGUUGAGAACAAUGUCAAUGACCAAUACCUUCAAGCUCUACUUGCUAAUCAGGCAAAUCUGCCAGCAAAGGAUGCUCCCUUCCGUGGAUACAUGCUCAUCAACCGAGUUGAGAAUCAACCACCACUCAAGCACGUGCAAAAGGUGAAAAUCAAACAUUUUUUCGGCUUUAUCAGGUUAAACUUUAGGUGGCUAUCACUGAACCACGACCGGUUUACUUCAUCUACUCCGGUAUGGGCUCUCAAUGGCCUGGUAUGGCUCAAAAGCUGAUGAAAAUUCCGAUUUUCGACGAGUCUUUGAGAAUGUCUAGCAAGGUAAAUUUUUAAAAACUAUGAAAAAAGUAAAUAGUAUAAAACACUGGUUAUUUACUAAUUUUUAAUUAAGACUCUCGAGGAGUUUGGUAUGGACGUCUAUGGAAUGCUCUGCAAUUCGGAUCCGUCCCAGUACCAGGGAAACACACUCAACUGCAUGCUUGCCAUCACGGCCAUUCAAAUCGCUUUGACCGAUACCCUGUCUGCUCUUGGAGUUACUCCAGAUGGAAUCAUCGGUCAUUCUACUGGUGAAAUGGGCUGCGGAUAUGCGGACGGAGGCAUCACUCGUGAACAGACCAUGCGCCUCGCUUAUCACCGUGGUACUUCCAUCAUGAAGCACAAGGAAAUAAAGGUGUACUUCAACUGACUUUUCAAAACUAACUUGUGUUUAGGGUGCCAUGGCUGCUAUCGGUUUGACCUGGGAAGAGACCAAGAAACAAGUUCCGGAUGGCGUUGUUGCGGCUUGUCAUAACGGGGCUGACUCUGUAACUAUCUCUGGUGAUGCUGACCAAGUUGCCAAGUUUUGCGACCAGCUUCAGGAGAAAGGCAUUUUUGCCAAGGUGGACUUUUUUCAGACUCAAGCGUUGAACUUCCGAAUUUAGGUCGUCGAUUCUUCUGGAAUUCCUUUCCACUCGCCUGCCAUGCUGACUGUCAAGGACGAAAUGCUGGAAGCUAUGAAAUCUGCUGUUCCUGAGCCAAAGCCUCGUUCUUCACGCUGGAUUUCCACCUCAGUACCUGAAGAAGAUUGGGAAAGCGACUUGGCUAGCACCUGGUACAUUGAAAACCAAAGUUCUAAAAUUAUUUAUCAUUUUCCAGUUCUGCCGACUACCAUGUUCAUAACGCGUGCUCCCCAGUUCUCUUCUACGAAGCUCUUCAAAAAAUCCCAGCCAACGCCGUCACCAUCGAGAUGGCCCCUCACUCGCUGAUGCAAGCUGUUCUUCGACGUGCUCUGCAAAAGACGGUCUCCAACAUUGGACUCAUGAACAAGCCCAAGUCCGAGACCGACAACGAAAUCGAAGGCUUCUUGGCUUCGCUUGGAAAAAUCUACCAAGCUGGAGUGAACAUUCGCGUCUGCGAUCUCUACCCCGGAGGUCAAUUCCGAGGACUUGUCCCGAAGGGCACUCCCAUGCUUGGACCAAUGUGGAAAUGGGACCACUCUGUCGACUGGCCAACUGUGGAUGGACGUCAGCUCAUUGCUGGAGGAAGUGGAUCAAUUGCUGCAUCUGCCACCUACAACAUCGACCCCUUCGCCGCUGAUUCCAAGGUUUCAAGCCUAUCAGAAGAACUUUUAUGAUUAAUUCAAAUUCCAGGAGUCUUACCUUCUGGACCACGUUAUUGACGGACGUGUUUUGUAUCCAUUCACCGGUCACAUGGUUCUAGCCUGGAAGACUCUUUGCAAAAUGAAGGGAGUCGACUUCCAAAAGACGCCUGUUGUCUUUGAGAACAUCAACGUUUUCUCAGCCACAAUUGUCACCAAACCAAGUGAGUGAAAAUAAGGAGAGAAAAGUUUUUUUUGAGUUCAAACUUCCAAAUCAAAAAGUAUUUAAUUUUCGAAAAAAAAAUUCAUUCUUUCAGUCAAACUCGACGUGGUUUUGACGCCUGGCGAAGGAAAGUUCGAGAUCAUCUCCGAUGAGCAGGUCGCCGCCUCAGGACGCAUCUACAUCCCGGAGGAUAACCAGCCUUUCUACUAUGGCAAACUGGAAGAUAUCAGGACGUCCGCAAUCGCUGACCGCAUUGAGCUUGACACGGAGGAUGCCUACAAGGAGUUCUUGCUCCGUGGCUACGAAUAUGGACAGGCGUUCCGAGGCAUUUACAAGACUUGCAACUCGGGAGAGCGUGGAUAUCUCUACUGGACUGGAAACUGGGUGACCUUCCUUGAUUCUCUGCUCCAGACGGCGCUCCUGGCCGAACGAGCCGAUACUCUCCGCCUGCCAACUCGUGUUCGUCACCUUCGCAUUGAUCCCAUCAAGCAUCUGGAGCACGUCUUUGAGAAGGACGGAAUCCAGGUCGUCGAGCUCAGAAACGACCAUGCCACCAAUGGAUGCAUCGCCGGAGGCGUUGAGUGCUGCGAUCUGACGGCUCACACAGUUUCACGCCGUAUCCAGUGCUCUGGACAGCUUUUCCACGAACGAAUUUAUUUUGUUCCCCAUUUCGACGACCACUGCAUGGCCGAUUUCCAAAGCGACGCUAGCCGCUUGGAGCAAUACAACAAAGUGCUCAAAAAAGGUGAGAAAUAGUCAAAUUUUUUUUGGAUUUGAAUCUUUAAUUUCUGCUCAUGUGUGCUUCUGAGACUCCUCAAAAACAAAACCACGAUAUGAAUAUGAUUUUCCAAAUCAAAAAGUUGAACCCAAAAAGAUGCUCAAAAGCUUCGAAAAAAAAAACAAAAAUAAAGCAAGACAUGUGAAAGUCAUCUUCAAAAGUUUCAUUUUUCAUUUUGUGGCCAACUCCGCUAUGAUUUUGAAAAGUCAUACAAAAACUUUUUCCAGAGUAAUAAUUUUAAAAUUGCAGUUUUGACUACUGGGUUCGGCGCUUGGGAGAAAAAAGGUCUUCUGAGAAAGUUGAAAAACGGCACUCUUCUCGAAACUGCUCUUGCGGCACUUCAGCAAGAGAACUAUGAUGAUGUGACUGAAGCCAUGGUCACCUUGUUCUCCAACGACGCCAAAGCUUCAAUACUUCAUGCUCUUGAAGAGGUUCCCAGAAAAUUUUCCGAAAAUCAGAGUAAUUUCUCAACUUUCAGAUUUUCGCCAUCAAGCCAACUGAAGAUUUUGAAGAGAUUGUGAUCAACAAGAUGAAGAGUGUCCGUGCCAUUUUCGAGCUCGACAGACUUUUCGCAGCUUCUCUUGACCAUCACCGCAUCGUCAAGUCGUUGCAAGACAUCUGCAUCGAAAACUCUGCUGGUCAUCAUUCCAAGAUGGCUGCUGUCGAAAUCGUUUCGACUGAUCAGCUUCGUCACUGCAUUGAGGCCAACUCGUCCCAUCCACUGCUUGAGGUAGAAUUCAAACAAAAAUCAAUUAUUGAUGAAUUGUUUAGGUGGACUACCAUUGCAUUGGACCAAAUGUCGAUCGUUUGGAUGACAACACUCUUGAGCAGCUCGGCGCGAAAAAAGUCAAGCUUUCUUUGGACGACGGCUUCACAGGCCACAAUGAGGUCAAAAACAUCGAUUAUCUCUUGUUGGACAAAAUUCUCUGGAGGUAGGAUUUAUUUGGAUUAAAAAACUUCAGGAGGAAAUUCAGAAAGACUGAUCCUGUUGCUUACUUGGAAUCCUGCAAGCUUCUGCUUCGUGAGGAUGGUUUCAUCAUCGUGACGGAAGUCACUUCCAACUACGAAGUUGCGCUAGCUGUGGACGGUAAUUAAAAAAAAUGUUAAUUUUCAAUGAUUUCAAUUUUCCAGCUCUUCUUGGCGAAGAAAUCGGGGUGGAAAACGGCUCUGGUCGCGAGUAUAACUCAUAUUACUCCCACAAGGACCUGCUGAAGAUUUUCGAGCAGGCCGGCUUCUUGUUGGGCAACUAUCAAGGCGACGAGGCGUUGAUGACCACCACGUACCUACUUCGAAAAAAACCAUCGACUCCUCGGGACCCUGUGUUCAUCGACGUCGACGACAUCAAGGAGUUUUCCUGGAUUGCUCCGCUGCAAAAAGUCAUCGAAGAUCGACUCAAUGAGCCAGACUGGAAGACAAUUUGGUUGAUGAACACCAAGGUAAACCUUUGAAAAUUUUUUUAAAUAUUAUUAUUUUUUGUUUGAGGUCCGGAACAACGGAGUCGUUGGUUUGACUCUUUGCUUCGUAGAAGAAAACCUCAAAUCUAACCGCUUCCGCUCAAUCGUCGAUAUGUCAACGGAAAAGAAAGUUCGCUAUGGACCAGCUGUUAUUCUUCCGGAGAACGAAGACGCCAAGAAGAUCAUCAACCUUGACUUGCACGCCAACAACUACCGCGACGGAAUCUGGGGAUCAAUGCGUCACAUCAUCGUUCGUGACGGUUUGAAUCUCAACUCAAGAUUGUAUAAACAUUUUCUUUUUUUUUCAGAAGACUCUCACACAUACAAGGAUUGUGAGCAUGCUUUCAUCAACACUCUGACUCGUGGAGAUGUUUCCUCGCUCACUUGGUUCGAGUCACCCAACCAGUACUUUGACGCCAUCGCCAACAAGAAGGCUUCUCAUGAGCUCUGCUCGGUUUACUACGCUCCAAUCAACUUCCGUGACAUCAUGCUCGCCUAUGGACGCCUUCCACCUGACGCCAUCCCUGGAAACUUUGCCGACCGCGAAUGCCUGCUUGGUAUGGAGUUUGCUGGAAGACUCAAGGACGGCACUCGCCUUAUGGGUAUCCUGCCUGCUCAAGCUCUGGCAACAUCUGUCACUGUUGACCGUGACUAUGCCUGGGUUGUGCCAGACAACUGGACUCUUGCUGAGGCUUCAACUGUUCCUGUUGUCUACACCACCGCCUACUAUGCUCUUAUCCGCCGAGGACAAAUGAAGAAGGGAGAACGAGUUUUGAUCCACGGAGGAGCUGGAGGUGUUGGUCAAGCCGCUAUUGCCAUCGCUCUCGCCAACGGUUGCGAAGUCUUCACGACUGUCGGUUCCAAAGAAAAACGCGACUACCUCAAGAAUAAAUUCCCCCAACUCCAGGACCAUCAUUUUGCCAAUUCGCGCUCAGCCGACUUCGAGCUCCACAUCCGUCAACACACCAAAGGACGUGGUGUCAACAUUGUGCUGAACUCGCUGGCUCACGAAAUGCUUCAAGCUUCUCUUCGGUGCCUUGCACGCCACGGACGUUUCCUUGAAAUCGGCAAGGUCGAUUUGGCGCAGAACUCAGCGCUUGGAAUGUCCAAACUGUUGGACAACGUUUCUGUGCACGGAAUCUUACUUGACUCGAUCAUGGACCCAACUGUCGGAGAUAUCGAGGAAUGGAAGGAAGUUGCCAAACUUUUGGAACAAGGCAUCAAGAGUGGAGUUGUGCAGCCACUUCAUGCUUCCAUCUUCUCAGCUGACAAAGCAGAAGAAGCUUUCCGCUUCAUGUCUGCUGGAAAGCACAUCGGGAAAGUCGUCAUGGAGAUCCGUCAAGAGGAAAAGGAGAAAGUCUGCCCACCUUCUAAGAUUUCGGUGAAAGCUAUCUGCCGCACUCUGUGUCAUCCUCAGCACACCUACCUGAUCACCGGUGGUCUGGGAGGUUUCGGCCUGGAACUUGCUCAAUGGCUCAUCAAUCGAGGAGCGCGAAAACUUGUGCUCACUUCUCGAACAGGAAUUCGCACUGGAUACCAGGCCCGUUGCGUCCACUUCUGGAGGCGAACUGGUGUCUCAGUUCUCGUUUCGACUCUCAACAUCUCCAAAGCAAGCGACGCCGUCGAACUCAUGCGUCAGUGCCAUUCGAUGGGACCAGUUGGAGGCGUCUUCCACUUGGCCAUGGUCUUGCGCGAUUGCUUGUUCGAGAAUCAGAACGUCCAGAACUUCAAGGAUGCUGCAGAAGCCAAGUACUACGGUACUAUCAACCUUGAUGAGGCCACUCGCCAACACUGCGACUCCUCUUUGAAAUGGUUCGUUUUUCUUUUCCCAGUUAACCCAGAAGUUUAUUUCUCAGGUUCGUUGUGUUCUCCUCAAUCACUUCUGGUCGUGGUAACGCCGGUCAGACGAACUACGGCUGGUCUAACUCGACCAUGGAACGUAUGAUUGAGCAUCGUCGUGCUGACGGAUACCCUGGAAUCGCCAUUCAAUGGGGUGCCAUCGGAGACGUCGGAGUCAUUCUCGAAAACAUGGGAGACAACAACACUGUCGUCGGAGGAACCUUGCCGCAAAGAAUGCCGUCCUGCUUGGCAGCUCUGGAUCUUUUCUUGUCCUGGAACCAUCCAAUCGUGUCAUCGUACAUCAAGGCCGACAUGGGAUCCAAGAAGAGCGCUGGUGGCGGCAACUUGAUGCAGACCAUCGCUCACAUUCUUGGAGUCAACGACGUCUCACAGCUCAAUCCUGACGCCAACCUUGGAGACUUGGGUCUCGACUCCCUCAUGGGCGUUGAAAUCAAGCAAGCUCUUGAACGCGACUACGACAUUGUCUUGUCGAUGAAAGACAUUCGCACACUGACGCUCAACAAACUGCAGCAGAUGGCCGAGACCGGAAGCGCAGGGGCAACUUCUUUGCAGACUGGAGAGCUGGAAAUGAAGAAGGUUCAGUUUUAUUCUAUGGGCUGGAGAACUCAUUAUUUUUUUUAGGAGGGAGAACGAGAAGCUGAGUUGAAUACGGUGGAAAUGCUGGAAAAACAGAUGAACCAACUGUUCAAAAUGCGCGUUGACGUCAACGAUCUGGACCCUCAAGAAAUCGUUCUGAAAAUCAACAAGGUAAAAAAUCAUAUCAACCAUAUUAAUUUGAAAUUUUUGAACCGUAAUCGAAAGAGUGAAAUUUUGAGAGAAAAAUUUCACAAAAUAUCAAAAUUAGGAAAAAAACUUUCAAGAAUAAGUUGGGCAAUUUUUCUAAGAAACUUGAGAAUAAAUAUAUUAAUCGAAAAACAAGAACUUCUGAAAAAAUUUUGAUCCCAUAAUAUUUCAGUUUUCCUAAAGAAAUGUCAAACACUCAUUUUUAGAUCGAAGAAGGUCCAACGACGUUCUUCGUGCACUCGAUUGAAGGAAUCGCGACACCUCUGAAGCGCGUCAUGUCCAAGUGCAACUUCCCUGUCUACUGCUUCCAGUCAACCAAGGACGUGCCACAGGACUCGAUCGAAUCCGUCGCCAAAUGCUACAUCCGUGAAAUGAAGAAGAUCCAGCCUGAAGGACCUUACCGCCUCAUCGGCUACUCAUACGGUGCUUGCAUUGGCUUCGAGAUGGCCACCAUGCUCCAAGUUUCCGACGGACCCAACGCCGUCGAGAAGCUCAUCCUUCUCGACGGAUCCCACUUGUACAUGCAAACGUACAGAAACGUGAGUAAAUCUUCUGACAAUUUUCAAUAGACUUCAAAAUUUGGUUCUUCUAAUCAAAAAGCUCAAUGAUAAACUUGCAGGUCUACCGUAUGGCGUUUGGAGUCACUGGUGACACUCUUGUGAACAACCCGCUUUUCGAAUCGGAGAUCAUGUGCGCCAUGACGCUCCGCUUUGCCAAUGUCGACUACAAGAAGUUCCGCGUCGAGCUUUUGCAGCAGCCUGGAUUCAAGGCACGCGUCCAAAAGGUAGCCAACUUUUUUCUCAAAUUCAUUUAUUUGUCAACAAAUAAUUCUUCCUGUUGGUCUCAAAGUCGAAAAUUCUUUGAAAUUUAGGAGCACUCAUCAAAAACCCAAAACAGUCUUUCAGAUAAAUAUUUGAGAAAAAAACGCCUUUCAAAAAAAUUUUUUGCAUGAAAAGGUUUCAGGUCGUUGACACCGUCAUGACAACCGGACUUUUCAAGUCUCCAGACACCGUUGCCUUUGCUUGCGAAGCCAUGCGAUCGAAGUUCCUCAUGGCUGACAAGUACGUUCAAAUAGUGAUUUUCAGAAAAAAAAAAUGCUUCCUUUUAGGUACAAGCCCGAAAGAAAGUUCAACGGACACAUCACUUUGAUUCGUGCCGAACAAGGAGCUGCGCGUGAAGAAGAUGUCGGUCAGGACUACGGUAUCAGCCAAGUCUGCGAAGAUUCCAAGGUCUGUUUUAUUCCUGCCGCAAACAAAUUAUAUUUCAACAUUCAUCAAAAAGCAAUUCAAUAUGUUACAGGUGUUUGUCGUAGAAGGAGAUCACGACACAUUUGUCCAAGGCAAGAGCUCCGCCAAGACCGUCGCUAUCAUCAACGAACUCAUUGGCGAAUCUCACAAGCAGUAA